AUGUCAAAUUCUAAUAGCAAUAUUAUUUCAUAUUUAAAUGGAGCUGCAGUUCCAAUCAAUCUAACUGGUGGUUUUGUUCAUAUGAUAUUAGGAACAUUAGGUAACAUUUUUAAUAUAAUAAUAUUUACUCGUCCUACUUUACGUAAUAAUCCAUGCGCAUUUUAUUUUUUGAUUGGUUCUAUUUUCAAUAUUUUGAAUGUUUAUACAAAUGUUCUUUCACGUUUUCUUGCUAGUAGUUGGAAUAUUGAUCCAUCAGCUACAAAUAGUUUUUUGUGUCAACUUCGUAGUUUUUCAUUAUAUCCAACAAGUGCUCUUGUUUUAUGGUUUGUUGUAUUUGCUAGUAUUGAUCGUUUUUUAUCGACUUCCUCCAGUGUCAAAUUUCGUCAAUUGAGUAAUUUAUUAUUAGCUCAAAAAAUCUCUUUAAUUGUUAUUCUAAUAACAUAUCUUGCUCAUAUACAUAUUUUCUUUUUCUUUCGUGCUGAUUCACAAAUUGGUUGUACUCAUGGUGGUAGAAAAUACGGUGUGUUUUUUAUUUGUCAAUAUGUGAUUUUUUAUGUUAUUAUACCAAUUAUAUUAAUGACACUUUUUGGUAUUUUAAUGAUUCGUAAUGUUCGUCGAGUUCGUAAUCGUGUUGCUCCACAAGGAAACAAUGAACAAACUCAACGUUUACGUUCAAAUGAUCGUCAAUUAUUUCGAAUGUUGCUAUUACAAAUAAUAGUCUGUACUAUAAUCUCUAUGCCUUUUGCUGUAAUUAAUAUAUAUAAUACUAUCUAUUCAAAUAUUCUUGGGCUUACUCGAUCGACUUAUGAUCAGGCUUUCUAUUCAUUUUGUCAAUAUGGAUUGAAAGUUAUUCUAACUAUUACUCAUCUAAUGCAAUAUCUACCAAUAACAGUUCAACAAAGAUUACAAGGUGAAAACAAUUUGGGGAUCAGGGAUGCAUCCAGAGCAAUAAAUAGAACGGUAAAUAUUAUUCGUCUUAAUCAACAAAAACAACCACCAAUCGUCACAAGUGGUCUAUAA